AUGGCUGAACCUGACUUGGGUGAGGAGAACAACGCUAGUCAACCCACCCCAAAGCUGGCCGGUGUUGCGCCUGAAGGUGGAAACGAUGCUGUCCCCUCUGGAUCUGGCAUUGUCGAAGAGCUCCGUGCUCUGAAAGCAAAGAUUCUAGAGUUGGAAACCCUGGGCCAGAAGGAAUCCACGAAUAUCACGGAGUCGCAGCAUUCGCCCCAACAAAUUGAGGAAAUGAGACAAUACCAACGAAUGACCAAGUGCUUAUAUAGUCACAGAAAGGAAUGGGAAGCCACUAUUCAAGCGGAUGAUUGCGGUAUUGAAGAACUCCCUAGCAACGCUCAGCCACUUAUCGAUGAGCAGGAUUCUCAGGCUUUGGAGGUGGCUGAUGCGACGGAUUCUGCCCCAGUAGGCGAAGUUGCUACGACAAAAGCAGUCGCUGACAAUGAGAUGCGAUCACCUGUUCAGAUUUCCGCCAGUAUUCACUCUCCAGAAAAGAGAGACACUUCUCAAGGGCGUGUCAGCAACAUCGAUAAGACAAUAACGCAAGCGGACUUGGACGACUCUAAAGAAGAAGAUGACGAAGAGACUCACCCGGAUAUGGGGGACUUCGAAGACAUUGCAAAGUCUUCGAGUUCUCUUGAAGAGCUCCGCUUCUUCCUUCAAGUCGCAAAGUCUCAAAUAUUGAUCAGGCAGGGUGUCGCAGAGAUGUUUGGAAAACCACUUUUUCAAAUAACGUGUGGAACUACGGCAAAGGAGGUUGAAAAGACUCUUGAAAACGUUUUCCUUGCCGAGAGGACAAAGGAGGACUUCGUAAGAAACGGACUUGUGGCUGUCUUCCUUCGAGUGCUUGAGUAUUAUUCCGGCAUUCUUUUCUUGACGACAAACAGAGUUGGUGACUUUGACGAGGCUUUCACGUCACGCAUCCACAUGAGUCUCUACUACCCUGAACUGAGCGAAGAGAAAACUCGCAGGGUGUUCAAGAUCAAUAUGGAUUUGAUCCGGGAGCGCUUCGCGUUGAAGAAGCGACAAAUCAUCAUCAAGGAAAUGGACAUUGGUGCUUUUGCCACUCAGCAUUACAUCAAUCACCCUAGCGCACGCUGGAACGGUCGCCAGAUCCGGAAUGCCUGCCAAACUGCAUUGGCAUUGGCCGAAUACCAGGCACAAGGAGGCAGACACGAUGCCAUUAUGAAGCCGGAUGCCGUCAUAAAUCUGGCUGUCGAACACUUUGAGACAGUGCGCGACGCGUAUCUCAAAUUCGCUGAGUACAUGAAUAAGAUUUACGGAACCAAUGCUGCUAGGAAAGCCAAAGAGGGCAAACUACGAGCCAUCUUGAUUGAUGAGAAUGACAAUGUCGUCAGCGAUACGCGUGCAGGCGGCCGAGUUGAUAGGAAGGAAGCAUGGGCGGUCGCCGCCAGCCAGAGAGCCCGAGCAAUCAGCAUUCGCAAGGCUAUCCUCAGUCAAGCUAUCACGUCCAGCCUAUCUAUCAAGGGCCGCCUCAAGGCUACUCGCAGCCCCAACAUCAAGGGCCUCCACAGCCUGAUCCUUACAGAACGUCAACACAAGGGCACCCUUCUCAGUAUCCCAGCACUCCGCCUAGCCAGACUCAAAUGCCAGCGCAGGGAGGUCAAGUCACCAGUGGUCUAG